CUCAGCUAUGAUGCGCGCCUUCUCUCUUUCCUCGCCAACCACCAAAUUUGACAAUUCACACCAACGGCCAUGGCGACACUCGAGCAGGAGCUGCUUGCCGAUUUCGCGGACUCUGGCGACGAGGAUGUUGCGGAUCUGGAGAACGACUUCGCUGGCGGAGAUUUUGGCUCUCCAGAAGCGGAGAAUGGCGAGGACGAGGAGAUGGUAGAUGAGGAGGCAAAUUACGCAGAGAAAGAAGGCAAAAAGAAGGAGAAGGGACCGGCGGAUAUAAGAAAUGCGCAUACCCUCAUGGCCAAUCUGCAACCAGUACUCCAGCAGAUUGAUGAGGUUAGAGACAAGAUGGAGGAGGUGAUGGACGGCGAGUCGAUUGAAGACAACCCCGAAUACCAGCUAUUGAAGGAGGCAAACGAGUUUUCAACCCAAAUUGACGGAGAAAUCCAGGCGGUGCACAAGUUCAUUCGCGACAACUACUCGCUGCGCUUCCCCUACCUCGAAGAGCUUGUCAAGAACCCCGUCGAUUACGCAAAGACAGUUGCCAUUCUUGGAAACCGCCCGCUAGAUGAUAUCAAGAACAUUGCGCAGGACACAGAUAACGUUGUGGGAGCGCCGCUGAGGAGCAUUUUGGACGCGCCUUCACUCAUGGUCAUCACGGUCGAAGCUACUCGAGCCAGUGGGCGCGAACUCCAAGACAUCGAGCUUGCAGCUGUCAUGACUGCCUCCAAACUUCUGCUCAACCUCGACAAGUCGAAGCACAUCCUCACUGAAUACGUCCAAUCACGCAUGAGCGUCUUUGCCCCAAACCUCACAGAACUUAUUGGUUCCCUUACCGCCGCCCAAUUGAUCAACUACGCCGGAGGCCUCGCUGGUCUUGCAAAAAUACCGGCUUGUAACAUUGCACCGCUGGGUUCGAACAAAGCAUCUGGUCUUGGUCUAGCCACCAACAUUGGGAUCAGACAUCAAGGUUUCCUCUACCACAGCCCGAUCCUUGAACAAAUUCGUCCAGACCUCAAGAAGCAGGGUCUGCGUAUCGUAUCCGCAAAAGUAAUUCUUGCUGCACGCGUCGACAUGGUCCACCAAGCGCCCGACGGUUCCACUGGCCGUCAGCUCAAAGACGAGUGCGAACGACGCCUCGACAAGCUGACCGAGAUCCCUGCCAACAAGGGUGUUCGCGCUCUCCCUGCACCAGACGACAAGCCCGCACGAAAACGUGGUGGUCGGCGUGCGCGCAAGGCCAAGGAAGCAACCGCCAUGACUGAGAUCAGGAAGGCACAGAACAGAAUGGCGUUCGGCAAGGAAGAGAAGGAAGUCGGCUACGGCGACUCAACAAAGGGUAUGGGCAUGAUCGGCGCCACAGACACAGGUCGUCUGCGCGCCCAGCAAAUCGACCCCAAGACAAGAGCGAAGCUCUCAAAGAAGAACCCCGGCUGGGGUGGCGACACAACACUCGGUGCUGCCUCAUCACUCAAGGGCUUUGGUUCUGGUGGCACAGCUACGAGCUUACGUGCACAGGGCCUCAGGACUGGUGGUGUUGGCCUUCAAGGCUCCGGCAUGAGCUCAGUUGCCUUCACUCCUGUGCAAGGUCUUGAGCUUGUCGACCCAAGGGCGAGAGAGGAAGCGAACCGGAAGCGGAAGGCUGAUGAGGAUCGCUGGUUUAAGGGUGGUUCAUUCACACAGCUCGGUGGCAAGACAGAUGCGGCGGCCUUCAAGGUGCCUGCGCUGCCCAUGAAGAAGCCGAGGACAGAGUGAUCGAACGGUCAUAACUGAUUCAAACCGGACGAUAGCCUUUUGUGGUUUUCAGCAGCAAGCACUGUAUAAGAGGUAUGCAUUAUUCGGCGUUUAUGGAUAUAGGAUGGUUGAUACCAGGGCCUUGGAAGCGCCCACCUCCAUACUAGUACAUAAGAUAAGACUCAUGAACAUUACCAGAAGAGAUCAGCCCUAUGUUUUCGUCCUUAUCAUCAAGCCCACCUCGGCAGGAAAAUUUCCACUGGCACUGAAGAUCCAUGUAAGCCCUCCCAGAUCAAAAAUUGUACCUCCACGA